CGUGCGGGCGGGGGCGUGCGGGCGGAGUAAGCGGCGGCGCGGGGAGCGGAGCGCUGCCGGGCGGGGGACGCCGCCGCUGGGGCUGGGCCGCCGAUCCCAGCCGAGCCUGUAGGGCGGUACCGAGCGGUCCUCCAGUGAGCGGCGGGGGACAAAGCGGAGGGAGGCGCGGAGCUCGCCCCUCCCCAUCCCGGCACCGACCGGGGCGGAUGUGCUGUGGGUAGGCGGCGACGGGGCCUGGGCCCGGUGAAGAUGGAUCUGGCGGGGACGAUAAUCCUGCUGUGCUCCUGUGCGGCGGGCGCCGGAGGCCAGUAUGGAAAUCCUCUAAAUAAGUACAUUAGGCAUUAUGAAGGAUUGUCUUACGAUGUGGAUUUGUUACACCAAAAACACCAGCGUGCCAAAAGAGCAGUAUCACAUGAAGAUCAGUUCUUGCGCCUAGAUUUUCAUGCUCAUGGAAGACACUUCAACCUUCGAAUGAAGAGAGAUACAUCUCUUUUUAGUGAUGACUUUAAAGUAGAAAUAUCAAACCAAGUAAUUGAUUAUGAUACCUCCCAUAUUUACACUGGACACAUUUAUGGUGAGCAUGGAAGUCUUACCCAUGGGUCUGUUAUUGAUGGAAAAUUUGAAGGAUUCAUCCAAACUCAUAGUGGGACCUUUUAUAUUGAGCCAGCAGAGAGAUAUAUUAAGGACAGAACUCUACCGUUCCACUCUGUCAUUUAUCAUGAAGAUGAUAUCAAAUAUCCGCAUAAAUACGGACCACAAGGAGGUUGUGCAGAUCAUUCAGUAUUUGAAAGAAUGCAGAAGUACCAGAUGACUGGUGUAGAAGAACCAACAACAGAGAAGCCUUUUGAAGAGCCUAAGGACAAUGGUCCACAGGUUUUAAGAAAAAAGCGUGCCACUCAGGCUGAAAAAAAUACAUGUCAGCUGUAUAUUCAGACUGAUCAUCUCUUCUACAAGCAUUAUGGAACAAGGGAAGCCGUAAUUGCACAGAUAUCCAGCCAUGUUAAAGCGAUUGACACAAUUUACCAGUCAACAGAUUUCUCAGGAAUCCGUAACAUCAGCUUCAUGGUGAAACGAAUAAGAAUUAACACAACUGUAGAUGAGAAGGACUCCUCCAAUCCCUUCAGAUUUCCUAACAUUGGUGUGGAAAAGUUUCUGGAACUGAACUCGGAACAGAAUCAUGACGAUUAUUGCUUGGCCUAUGUGUUUACAGACCGUGAUUUUGAUGAUGGAGUCCUUGGUCUGGCUUGGGUUGGAGCCCCUUCAGGGAGCUCUGGUGGAAUAUGUGAAAAGAGCAAACUGUAUUCUGAUGGUAAGAAGAAGUCUUUGAACACUGGAAUCAUCACUGUGCAGAACUAUGGCUCUCAUGUUCCUCCCAAGGUUUCUCACAUCACUUUUGCUCAUGAGGUUGGGCACAACUUUGGGUCACCUCAUGAUUCAGGAAUGGAGUGCACUCCAGGAGAGUCCAAGAACUUGGGACAGAAAGAAAAUGGCAAUUACAUCAUGUAUGCAAGAGCUACAUCUGGGGACAAACUUAACAACAACAAGUUCUCUAUCUGUAGCAUUCGAAAUAUCAGCCAAGUUCUUGAGAAAAAGAGAAAUAAUUGUUUUGUCGAGUCUGGUCAGCCCAUCUGUGGUAAUGGACUGGUUGAACAAGGAGAACAGUGUGAUUGUGGAUACAGUGACCAGUGUAAAGACGAAUGCUGUUACGAUGCAAACCAACCGGAAGAUAAAAAAUGCAAGUUAAAACCAGGGAAAGCCUGCAGCCCCAGCCAAGGCCCCUGCUGUACACCAGUGUGUACCUUCAAAAUGAAGACUGAUAAGUGUCGGAAUGACUCUGACUGCGCGCGAGAAGGGAUGUGCAAUGGUGUCAGUGCGCUCUGCCCAGCCUCUGAGCCCAAGCCCAACUUCACGGAUUGCAACAGGCACACGCAAGUUUGCAUAAAUGGGCAAUGUGCUGGCUCUAUCUGUGAGAAGCAUGGCUUGGAGGAAUGCACGUGUGCUAGUUCAGAUGGCAAGGACGAUAGAGAAUUGUGUCAUGUCUGCUGCAUGAGAAAAAUGGACCCAAGUACCUGUGCAAGUACAGGCUCUAACCAGUGGGAGAAAUACUUUGGUCGUGACAAUAUUACUUUGCAACCUGGAUCUCCUUGUAACGAUUUCAAAGGCUACUGUGAUGUGUUUAUGAGGUGUCGGCUAGUAGAUGCUGAUGGCCCUCUAGCUAGAUUAAAGAAAGCAAUUUUUAAUCCAGAGCUAUAUGAAAAUAUUGCGGAAUGGAUUGUGGCUUAUUGGUGGGCAGUGUUGCUCAUGGGAAUUGCCUUGAUCAUGUUGAUGGCUGGUUUCAUUAAGAUAUGUAGUGUUCAUACUCCAAGCAGUAAUCCAAAGUUGCCUCCUCAUAAACCACUUCCAGGCACUUUAAAAAGGAGGAGACCACCACAAACCACUCAGCCACCACAGCGGCAAAGACCCCGAGAGAGUUAUCAGAUGGGACAUAUGAGACGUUGACUGCAGCUUUUUGCCUUGGUUCUUCCUAGUGCCUACAAUGGGAAAACUCACUCCAAAGAAAACCUAAUAAGUCAUUGUCCCCGGUCUAACUCUCAAAAAUUGAAGAGGAAAAAAAAAAAAGCAUGAUAUGCCCUCAAAACAAGUGGAAAUGGUUAAUUUUUAAUGGGCGAAUCUUCCAGCUCAAAAAGAAGAAAAUGUUUUUUUUUGCAUUUUUUUAAUUUAGCGGCACAAAGUUCUAGAGUAUCACGAUUCUUUCCCCCUUCUGUGCUCUUCAUUGCUGCAUUUUCUUCACUUGCAGGCAAAUAUGGCUGUAGUAAAACUACUUUUACUCAAGAUUUGAAACAAAUAUAUAUUUUUCAACUGCCAGACAAGGCUAGGAAGCUAGACCACCUCAGCAUUGGAGACGUUACUUGUCAAUGUAUAUACAUUGUUAUAUGCAGACAUGUAUUUCUAACGUACACCCGUACUUGUGUGCAAUUGUAAACAAGAGAAUUGCAAUAUGGAUGUUUCUUUGUAUUAUAAAACUUUUCCGCUAUUAAUGAAGAAAUUACUGUUUAAUUGACAUACUCAGGAUAACAGAGGAUGAUGGUGUGUAAUGGUCAAGGAUCCUGUGAUGCUUUACACAGCAAUUUUGAAUCAAAUCAAACUUUUUUUAUCAUGAUCAAAGUUGUUUCAAGCACUCAUUUCAUCUUUAUCAAACAGCUGCUAAGACAUAGCAUACAAGAUUGAAUGGUCUUUCAGAGAUACAGCAGGUGUUCUGCAAACUUUGCAAAUGCCAGAAUGUUUCAAAAAUGUUUUCUAUAAGUGUCUAACUUCUUGUAGCUCAGCAUAAAUAUUUUUAAUUUGUCUGAUUAUUCAGUUAAAUAAUGAAUAGUUAGAUGAAAUAUUUCCAUGCUUUAUUAGAAAAUUCCGCCUGUUAUUCAACUUGUUUUAAAAACCGCAACCGGUUUAUUUGGGCUGUUCAGAUGUUCUUACAGCACAAUAAUUCAGUUUGUGUUCUGAGGGAUGUGGAAAGAAAGAAAAGUUGUAAGGUUUUUUUUUAUUUUCUUUUUUAAUUUAUCAGAUAUUUGGAUAACUUUUCAGCAUGAUACUGUUGAUUGAUAACCACUAAAGUAGAGUGAUUUGCCCAGCUGCUGUGGCAGAGUUAAAAUUGUAGUUAGGACUACCAAUUUUCCAGCAUUUUCUACCAGUAGUGAAGUUCAACAGCACAAUGUCCCAUUCCAAAGUUUUUAUUACGAAUGUAAAUAAUUGGCAUUUUUGAAAGAGGAAUCAAAAGAUGUCUUAAGGUGCUUACUGCUAUGCAGGAGAUGAAAGGGGGCAUUACAAAAUGUUGAAGCUUGUGAUAUAUUUAUUGCUUGUUUUCCAAAAGCACCAAGCUAAUUAGAGAUGCAAAAGGCUAUAAUUUUCCUGGCUUUGCUUAGGAGAAAAUUUACUAAGGGUUGGACAGGCUUCCUUUGUUUUUUUGUUUUUGUUUUGUUUUUUAAGAGUAUAAGGUUUACACAAUCAUUCUCAUAAUGUGACGCAAGCCAGCAAGGCCAAAAAUGUUACAGAAUAUAAUGGGAUCUCUUCCUUGUAAACUUGUACAGUAUGUGGUUAACUUUUUCAAAAUACAGCUUUUUGUACAUGGUUUAGACAAAUUUUGUACAUGAAACCCCAAGUCCAAUAGACUAUAUAAAUAAUUCUAAAUGAUCUUAACUAGGUAGACGUGUACGUAGUUGCUUUUAAGUCAUUUUAAAUACCUUUGUUUUAAGACUGUGCAAAGAUUGGAAGUGGGUUUGCAUUUCUAAAAUGGUGACUUUUAUUCAGCAAGAGUUCUUAGUAACUUCUGGAGUGUGGUAGACUUUGGAACAUGUAAAAUUUUUGCCUGUAAUGUUAUCCUGUGGUAGGAUUUUGGCAGACAAAUGCUGCCCUAUUUUAUUUUGAGUCUAAGUUAAAUGUUUUCUGAAAACAGAAAUGUGCACUGAACUCUCCACUGCAACUCAAGAUGUGGUAAAACCGAAAGAAAGUUCAAGACAAUGAAAUGGAAUACUACUGUCGAUUUCAUGUCCACUGUGUUUUAUACAGUAUCUUUUUUGUUCACUUUGGAAAUUUUUACUAAAAAUGCAAAAAAUAAAGUAUUGUGCAAAGAUAUGUAAGGUUUUUUGAAACUUGAAAUGCAUUAAUAAAUAGACUUGAUGAAAUAAUCUUCUGAAGAUCCAUUUACUUUUUGAACUCUGAAAAUGAAAAGGAAUACACAGAUUCUACUUCUACCUAAUUUUGGGCUUUCGCCAGAAAGGGGCUCUCAUGCCAAAAAGGAAUUCUACUAUCUUUACACUAUCAAAGUGCACCUCCCAAUUUUAACAUCAUACAGUUAAAUGUAAGAGUAAAUGGUUUUGUGUAACCUUCUUAAGGAUAACGUCUUAAAACUACCUUUAAAUUACUUGU